UCCAGCAUGGAAGAAUUUAAAGAUGCAAGCCCACCUGAGGAGCUGCUCAAUCACCUGAAGCUUUCAGAUGGGAAGGCUGCAGAGGCUGGCCCCAGAGAUGGCCAGCAGCCCCGGGGCUCUGGCAGUGGCUGUGCCCCUUGCCCAGGACAGGACCCCACAGAGGAGAGUUUCCAUGACUGUCACGACUCCUUUGAGGCCAAGGGAGCUGUGCUGGAUGAUGAAGGGAAUGUUCAGGAGGACGGGAGUAGCUCAAAGAAGCAGACAGAAGUAGAUGAAGAGUACUUGCUAGAACUAGAGAAAGAUAUGCCAGAGGAGGAGAAGCAGAGAAGAAGAAAGGAGAGCACGGGGUUGAAGGAGAAAGGAAAUGAGCACUUCAAGAAAGGAGACUAUGGAGAGGCAGAAGAGUCCUACACCAAGGCUCUGCAGAUCUGCCCAGCCUGCUUCCAGAAGGACAGGGCUGUUCUGUUCUCAAACAGAGCUGCUGCAAAAAUGAAACAGGACAAGACAGAGGCUGCCCUGAGUGACUGCACCAAAGCUGUGGAAUUAGACCCUCACUAUAUCAGAGCUUUGUUGAGGAGAGCAGAACUCUAUGAAAAAACAGAAAAAUUAGAUGAAGCUCUGGAAGAUUAUAAGGCAGUCCUAGAAAAAGACCCAUCAGUUCAUCAAGCCAGAGAAGCUUGCAUGAGAUUACCACAGCAAAUUGAGGAGAGGAAUGAAAAAUUAAAGAAAGAAAUGUUGGGCAAGCUGAAGGAUCUGGGCAAUUUGGUCCUGCGCCCCUUUGGCCUGUCAACAGAGAACUUCCAGAUCAAACAGGAUUCAUCAACUGGCUCCUACUCCAUCAAUUUUGUUCAAAACCCCAACAACAACAGAUAACAUGGAUUCAGUGUGGCUCUGCACAUCCCAUGCCAGGAUCCAGCAAACCAACACCCUCCACCCCCAGGGGAAGAGGCGACUCAGCAAACUCAUUUCCCAGCUUGU